AUGGUCGUCGGCAAAGAGACUGUCACCCUGGCCUCUGGCCGCGAGAUGCCGCUGGUCGGCUUUGGCCUGUGGAAGGUUCCCAAGGAGUCCGCAGCCGACACUGUCUACAACGCCAUCAAAACCGGCUACAGGCUUUUUGACGGCGCCUAUGACUACCAGAACGAGAAGGAAGCCGGCGAAGGCAUUCAGCGGGCAAUCAAGGAGGGCCUUGUCAAGCGCGAGGACAUCUUCGUCACCACGAAGCUGUGGAACAACUACCAUGCCAAGGAGCACGCGGUCAAGAUGGCCAAGGCGCAGAACGAGGCAUGGGGCCUUGGGUACAUUGACCUGUUCCUGAUCCAUUUCCCGGUGGCGCUGGAGUUCAUUGAGCCUGAGAAGCGGCGGUACCCGGGCUGGUGGAUGGACGAGCAGGGUACGAUCAAGCCGGCCAAAGUGCCCAUCCAAGAGACGUGGCAGAGUCUGGAGCAGCUGGUGGACGAGGGCGUCGCGCACAGCAUCGGCGUGAGCAACUUCCAGGCGCAGCUGCUGUACGACUUGUUCACGUACGCGCGGCACCCGGUGUCGACGCUGCAAAUCGAGCACCACCCGUAUCUGGUGCAGUCGGAACUGGUGCAGCUCGCGCAGGAGAACAAGGUCGUCGUGACGGCGUACUCGAGCUUCGGACCGCAGAGCUUCCUCGAGCUGCCGUCUACAUUUAACCGCCGCGCGACGGAGAUCCCGCUGCUCUUUGAUGCGGAGCCUGUCAAGAGCAUUGCGGGUAAGCAUGGCGUUACCCCUGCGCAGGUAUUGCUGCGCUGGGCUACCCAGAGGAAUAUCGCUGUUAUUCCAAAGUCGAACAGCCCGAACCGCUUGAAGCAGAACUUGGAGGUCUUGCAGUUCGACCUCGAGAAGAGCGAGCUGGAUGUCAUUUCGGCGUUGGACAAGGGCCUGCGCUUCAAUGACCCGGGCUAUUACCUGCCGAACUACCCGCUGAGGAUCUUUGCUUAG